AUCCGCUCAGUGCUGCGACGGUUCCCAAGCGAUUCAGAUCGGCGGAGAUAUAGCUAUAGCCGCCCAUAUAGCCCAGUCAUCGGCGAUAGUCAAAGUCGAAAGCAAAGCCAGCCGAGGGCCAACUAACGGCACACUCGAGACAGUCGGCAGAAAGACAGUCGAUAAGAUUAACGCCAACUUAAUUAAAACUAACGAAAAGCCAGGCACCAAACAAACGAUCGAUCGAUCGAUCGUAACUCGUCUAUAUAGUCCUAGCCUUAGAUAAUACCAUAGAACUCAGCCAACUCGAGUGGUGCUCGUCCAAGUGAUUUGUAAUCUGUGAUUGUGCUUCGGUUCGAGAACUGAAAAGUGUGUGAUUUACCCCAGGGGAAUUGUCCAUAUCCUGAGUUCGGAUCCUCGAGGGAUCCUCCGGGCCAAGAGAAGAUGUACGUGGCCAACACCACCGGCGGCCUGAUGCUGCAGACCAUGUUGUACCUGGCCAAUCACACCAGUCGGGCGGCCGUCAACACUUUGGUCGACCUGCCACCAGCCCCCAAAAGCGAUAUCAACGAGGUGAAGUGCUUCGGGGUCUACGGCUGCUUUCCCAUCAAUGGACCGUGGAACACGGUGACGCGUUCGAUAAAUGUGCAUCCCCAGAAGCCAUCGGAGAUCGAGCCCCAUUUCACGCUCCAUCUGCGCAAGGAGCUGGAUCAGCCGAAGUACCUCGAUCUCAACGAUCCGGACAGCGUGCAAAGCAUGGGCAUCGAUGCCAGGGGCAAGAUCUUCCUGCUCGUCCACGGCUACCUGGAGUCGGGGGAGAUUCCCUGGAUGUGGGACAUGGCCAAGGCUCUGCUGGCCCACGAGCCGGAGGGUCGGGCAGCCGUCGUUUUAAUUGAUUGGGGUGGCGGCGCCAGUCCGCCAUAUGUCCAGGCAGUGGCCAAUAUCCGGCUGGUGGGCGCCAUCACCGCCCAUGUGGUGCACAUGCUGUACGAGGAGCUGCGGCUGCCCAAUCUGGACAAUGUCCACAUCAUCGGCCACUCGCUGGGCGCCCAUCUCUCCGGCUAUGCGGGCUAUCAUCUGCAGCAUGACUUUGGGCUGAAGCCAGCCAGGAUCACGGGUCUAGAUCCUGCCGCUCCCCUCUUCACCGACACCGAUCCCAUCGUGCGGCUGGACAAGACGGACGCCCACUUCGUGGACAUCGUGCACACCGACGCCAAUCCCCUGAUGAAGGGCGGCCUGGGCAUCAACAUGCGGCUCGGCCACGUCGACUUCUUUCCCAACGGCGGCUUCGAUAAUCCCGGCUGCAACAAGAAGUUCCAGGACGUCGUCAAGAAGAAGACGCUCUUCCUCACCAUGCAGGAGUUCCUCGGCUGCAACCACAUCCGCAGCCAGCAGUAUUUCACCGAGAGCAUCGGCUCGCAGUGCCCCUUCCUCGGAAUAACCUGUGAUUCCUUCGAGAGCUUCAAGGACACGAAGUGCACCAGCUGCGAGGAGCCGGGCCACACGUGCCUGCGCAUGGGCUACCACAGCCAGGAGGACUACCAGGAGCAGGUGGAUCUCGGCCAGCUGCAGCAGGGCGACUCGCCGGGCGUCUUCUACCUGUGGACGGGCGACAGCAAGCCCUUCUGCCGGCUGCACUACAGGAUCACGGUGCGGGUUUCGGGCCACGACGAGAGCACCCUGCAUGGCGGCGAGGUGGGCAUCCUGUCCAUCCAGCUGCACGACGCCCUGCUGAAGGCGAGCGGAGGCAAAAAGGAGCGAGCCGCCACGGAGAUGAUGAAGUUCUCCCCGAAGGCCAUGUACUUUGAGCCGGGCUACGAGUACAAAGCCCUGGUGGCCGGACGGAAUCUCCGGGAGCCGGAAUAUGCGACCGUCAAUUGGGAGUACCCGACCAACAUACUGAAUCCACUCACCUGGCGCAUCCUCUCGGCGCCACGAAUCUACUUGGAGUACAUCCUCAUCGAGGCCAUGGAGUCCAGUGAGCUCUACCUGAAAUUGUGUCCCCAACACGAGGGUUCCAUUCUCGCGGGCGCCGAAAAUGUCCUGCGCUCCAGCUAUUGCAAGGAUUAGAUAACGAAAUCGGUUUAGUUAGGAACCCAUCAACUUUAGUAGCUUAUUGGUUAAUUGACUAUCCGACAUCGAAUUGUAUGCAAAAUGCUAUUCUAAAAUUCCAAUUCGAUCUUGA